CAAACAAUUGACGCUCAUGCCGACGGUCUGGCAAAUCGAUCGAUGCCAUUCAAUCGAUUCAUCAUCACAGUUCGAAUGAUAAUCCGCUCGUAGAGAUUAGACGAGAGGAAAACGACGAAGAAGAAGAAGAAGAAGAAGAAGGAAAAGAGGGGAGUAAGAUGAUCACAUUAGACGGCCAUUUGACACGUCCAGUAGUUUGGGAUUGAAGGGGAAGUGGCCAGCUUCGUUAUCAGAGAGCGCGCUCCUAGUGAGUGUGUGAGCGUGUGUAUCCUUAAGUGUGUGUGUGUGUGUAGGAAAAAAAGCGCAGGGAGCCGAAAGCGAGGCUGCAAGACUUGGGAAAAGUGAUGUGAUCCGUGGUGCUGGCCAGUCGGGCUACUGACGCACGGCAAACUCUGAGACUCGGCUCAUCGCUCCUAGUAGCCCAGCAGUGCAGUCCAGCAUUCCGUCAAGUGUGCGCUCACCGUCGGCAGUCACCGUGUGGCAGGGGGGCGACCGUCGUGUCGUUUAUAUAGUCACACAGCGGGCGCAACCAGCGGACUGGAAGUUGACCCUUUCGUCGCUUUGCUGGGCUCCUUACUGGAACGAGAGGCAUCGCGCGCGAAAGGCAAAGUGCAAUGUGCGACUAGGAGUUUGUAGUUUGGAGUCCUGUCUGCUGUCCAGUUGUAAGGGGAAAAAUAAAAGAGCAACUGAAUGUGUUUGUGAUGGACGAGAUGAUGGUCCAGCUCUGAAAAAAACAAAACAAAUCAACUCCUUUUGGCCCGUUCUCUGCCAGCCGGUGUCCAAAGAUCAAAGUUUUCCGAGCGACGACGACGCCGACGACGUACAAAUAUUUUUUUUUGUAUUUGGAUGGUUUUUAUUGGCGAGCCGUUCCAACGUUCAACGUUCACCGUGAUGGAGUCAUCGCGGGAGGAAACACCCCGUGCUACUGGAGCUGCCGGCCACGUCCAGGUUCAACAGCAGCAGCAGCACUACAGCAUCCGCAAUGUGAACCCGAUUGUGGUCAACGCUGGCGGGAUCCAACAGCAGCAGCAACAGCAACAGCAGCAACACUACAGCCAUCCGGCCGCUUCGGUUAUUGUCCAGAAUGCGGCCGUUCUCGGAGGCGGGACCGCCGCGUUAGUUAACAUGAAUAACAGCAGCAGCCCACAACACCCAGAGACGCUACAAUUGCUACGUAUGCGCUACGAUGGGGAGGAUCCGUUGGAUUUUGAUGAUAACCCGAUCGAUGGUGGUCGUGUCAUGUUUCCAGUGACGGAUGCCAGCUCGCUACAGUUGUCGGUGACGGCAUCCGGCUCCUUGAUUCCGGCACCAGCGUCAAGCGUCAACAGCGUCGGGUCCAGUUCACCGACCGGUAGCAACGGCAACGUGACCGGCGGCAUCGGCGGCAGCGCUGUCGCCGCCGUCGCCACCUGGUGCGCCAUUUGCGGAGACAGGGCCACCGGCAAGCAUUACGGAGCCGCUUCUUGUGACGGAUGCAAAGGAUUCUUCCGCCGAUCAGUCAGGAAAAAUCACGUCUACACUUGCCGGUUCAAUCGUCAUUGCGUGGUAGACAAAGAUAAACGGAAUCAAUGCCGCUAUUGCCGGCUUGGCAAAUGCUUCAAAGCUGGCAUGAAGAAAGAAGCCGUUCAAAACGAACGAGAUCGAAUCAGCAGUCGUCGACCGAGUUACGAAGAACCGGUUUCUGCCAAUGGGUUGACCAUAAGUGUUCUCAUCAAUGCCGAAACCAUGAGCCGACAGUGUGAAAAUUUGUAUUUAAAUCAGCUCUCAGCCGUCAACGAUUACGAUUUGAACAGCAAACGGAUGGCUACCAUCAACGACGUUUGCGAAUCAAUGAAACAGCAGUUGCUCUUCUUGGUCGAAUGGGCCAAAUACAUCCCCGUUUUCAGCGAAUUGCCACUGGAUGAUCAGGUGGCGUUAUUGAGGGCCCACGCGGCAGAAAACCUCGUUUUGGGAGUUGCUCGAAGAUCUAUGCAUUUAAGAGACAUUCUUCUACUGGGCAACGAUUCCAUCAUGCCCAGACAAUCGGCUGGACUUGGAGAGAUCGAGAUUUACCAUAUUGGCAUUCGAAUAAUGGACGAGAUUGUGAAACCUCUACGAGAUAUUCAAAUGGAUGAUACGGAGUACACCUGCCUCAAGGCCAUCGUCUUCUUCGAUCCUAAUGCAAAAGGUCUGGGAGAGCCGGCCAGGGUAAAAGGGAUUCGCUACCAGAUUCAACAGUUGCUGGAAGACUACGUGGCCGAUCGACAGUACGCAAGUCGAGGUCGGUUCGGCGAGUUGCUGCUGGCCUUGCCGCCACUCCAGUCAGUUGCUUGGCAAAUGAUUGAGCAGAUCCAGCAAGCCAGAUACUUUGGAGUGACCCGCAUCGAUUCUCUGCUACAGGAAAUGCUUCUAGGAGGAGCUUCACUUGAAUCGGUUGGUAAUGCAAACAAUUCUGCCCCUUCGUCCGGGUACAAUCCGCCCGUUGUGGUCCCAUCUGCACUGACCGCAAUGGCUCCACUUUCAGCAGAUUCGUCUCCCACACACUCAACGGGUCCAUCUCUUACAACUCUUCCUCUCCUGAAUGGGCAAAACGGAUUAGGUGGGCAUCAGUCCAUGAUGAUGGACCGUGGACCACCGCUGACCAUGUCUCCAGACUCUGAGGAUGACGCCUUUCCCUUGGGAGGAUUGUCCAAUCACCACCACCAGCCUUUCAAACAAGAGGUGACGGAAGGAAUGGACAAUGCGUACACAUAGAUACUUGACCGUUCCCGAAUUUUACAAAAAGAAAGAAAAAUGAUAAAAAAAGAGAAAAAAAGGGUUUUGUUUUGUUAAGUUAAAGUUUUAAGAGAUAAUCUAUUCGAUUUGAGAAUUGCGCGGCAAAUAUUUUCCAAAGAUGAGUAGCACAAUUACUAUAACAGGGACUCAACAUAUCCAUCGUGUUGCUACCAUCAGGGGUUUUUUUUCCAUUCAAAUGUGCGUCAUUUCUAUUAAAAACAAACGAGUUAAUUGCUUCUGAUUGACUGUGUCGAACUUCAUAGUUGCUCAAUAUAAUUGUUAAUUAGAUAGGGGCCAAAUACAUCUGACAAACUGGUAA